AUGGAGCGUAGAAUCGGUUCUGUCUGCUCACGUAAACCCCUGCUUCUCUGUCUAAUGCUCACCGACUCGGUCAUAAUACAAGUUGCCGUAAGGAUUCAGCUUCUCCUACUCCUGCGACAUCUGACUUCCUCCUUCCUCCUUCUCCUACAUCUCCAUCUCACUCAAGCCACUUUACGCACUUGCCUGCCCCUCAACUUGCAGCAGCAGCAGCAGCAGCAGCCCCAUUUGUCGUUUCGUAUCCUCCGGUUAGCCCCUCUGGGACACAUGAAAAUCCGUCUACAUCAGCUAGACCGAUAACUUCUCCUGUCCAACUGGGUGCUGCAAGCUCUACAGUUAAGUCACCCGUGGGUUGGCGUCAGAACGGUGAGACUCGAAAACUGAAUCAACCUCCGACCCAAAAGAAAGGUAGCACAGUUCCAUUCAGGGGUACGCCGCCUUCUCUUAGAUCUACCGAGUCUGUUCAGCCCAGCACGUCUACAAACCCCGCAGCUCCAAUUAUAUCCCCGAAUAAUUCUCUGUCCUGCGUACCAGUAACUUAUCAAAGCCCUACUAUAUAUCCAGCAAAUAAUUCAUACAUGAAUUGCCCUAAGUCAUUUGAGCCCCUACCUAUUUCGGGGUUUCCAAAACUUAAGGCCAAUUGCUCUCAUGUUCGUCAACCUACGUCCUUGGACUUCCAACCUAGACCCGGUUUUCCACCCUUUUAUUCUUAUAGCUGCCUACUCUCCCCACUAGCCUCUACUUUCCUUCUGGGCUCCCUGCUCCUCCCCUUCCUCCACAAUUUAACUACCAACAAGACUAUCCAUAUUCUAACUCCCCUAGCAUUCCAAUGUUUGAAAACUAUAUCCCCACAUCCUUUAGGUCUCCUACUCAGCAUUCUCUUUUUUGACUCCUCGUACGUCAAAAAACUCUAGACUAACUAGUAAAUAUUCUACAAGUGUCAUUAAUUCAAAUCUUACACAUGCGCCUCCAAAUUUUUUUAAAUAACUUCCACAAAAGCAUUGCUGUUCGAAACACAUUAGAUAUUAUAUUAUUGAAUGCCAGGUCUCUUAUAAACAAAAUGGCCCAAAUCAGAGCCAUUGCUCUGGAAAUGACGCCUGAUAUUUUAUGUGUAACAGAAUCUUGGACACAUUCUCUAAUUCCUGACUCUGCCCUUCUCAUAGAUGACUUGGAUUUUUACCGUCAAGACCGCACGACUAGGCGCGGGGGCGGUUGUCUUCUUUAUCUUAAAUCCUACCUAAAGCACUCUCCCUAUUACUUGGAUGUUUCCUCAUUAACGGAAAACUUCUGCUUUGCAUGUGCUAUUCUCUCGCCGCAAAGUAAGGCAAGUAUUGACUGUAUCUACAAUCCCCCAAAUUCUUUAGCCAGUGAUGAUUCACAACUCUGUGAAAUCUUUAAAUUAAUUUCGGAAGCUCCUUUCGAUGUUAAAAUAACCACUGGAGAUUUUAACCUUCCUGAAAUAGACUGGUUUUCCAAUAGCUGCCCACCCAGAUUCCAGCCCUUUCAAGAUAUUGUCAAUUUUUCUAAUUGGUCCCAACUGGUGCGCUCUCCAACAAGAGAUAAUUACAUUUUAGAUCUUAUCUUUACCAAUGACAUUGCUCCUCUUUCUGUUGCUUUAAAAAAGGACCUCUUUGACAGUGACCACUUAUUAAUUCAUUGUUGCUUACCGCUUGCCUUUUCAAAAAUGACAAGCGCCGUUCGGACGUACAUGAACUACGACUGCGUAGAUAACGACUUAAUAAAUAACUAUAUUAGAUCUUUGGAUUGUUGUGGCUUCCUCACUUGUAGCGAUGCAACCAUUCUUCGUGAUGUCAUGUCCAAUGUUUCCAAGGACAUCCUAGAUUUUGCGCUGCGUAGAUAUCUCAAGUCUUAUUCCUUGGGUUCCCUUGUUCCUCAUUUUCUUCACAGUAGACUAAAAAGUUGCAACGGCAGCUGCGUAACCCAUCAACUAGUUCCUUAUCAGCUCAUCUUAGGAUCACAGAGAUUUUUGAGAUGGCCUCAAGGAUGCGUGAAGCGCGCGACAGGCAAAGUGAAUCAUUUGCCCUCAGUGACUGGAGCCCUGGCAAAUCCGUCGCUAACACCUUCCGUCAUCGGUCCUCCUCUAAGCGGGGUCACGAACUUCCACCCCUGCUAAAUGAUGACAAAGUCUUCCUCACCAAUGACACUGACAAGGCGGAGUUGUUUAAUGCUUGCUUUGCAAAACACCUUAAUACAGAGUCCGAUCCGGUCCUUUUCUUACAAUAA